AUGGUGGGUGGGUGUGGGUGUGACAUUGGCAAUGCUGGGGCAAGGAAUGUUCAUAUGGAACAGAAGCACCCUAAUGGACUUGAUAAAGCCGCCCAAAAACCAGACCGAGCCAUACCAAGAACCCCCAGGGAAGAGAAAGAGAAAGAGGAGGUCCCCGCUUCGCACGCUGCGGCCAUAAAACAGAAGGAAUCUGAUGAAGCAUUACCGCAGCGUCCAAAAAGCAAGAGAGAGGACACAUCCCUCACAACAGAAGCGCCGACAAAGCACGAGGUGAAGGGCCCACUGCCGCUAGAGCAGCGGAGGGGGAAAACACCGUAUAUAAUGCUCGAAACGUUUCGCCCACAAAAACUAAGCCACGUCACACUGCAGAAAAUUUCAUGGGGGAAAAAAGGGACACACACAAAUGGGAAACGCCGGACGCCACGGGAGUAUCCUCCUGUGGCGAACUGCCUCCCACUCACUUUGUAUGUCGGACGGGCGGGCAUGCAGCGCCACAGCAAACGUGGGCCCAUAAAACGCCGCAUGGUCUGA